CUGUGCUUCACAAGGAAAUACUUUGCUGGAGUGAAAAUAAUGGAUCACGAAGUGAGAGACAACUUGUGCAACCUUAAAGCGAUAGGGGCAAUCGUUUCCAACGAAAUUUUCAAGACUAAACCUGUGAGAGCUACUUUCCGUAGGACUGUUUUGAAAACAAUUAUCACCAAAGCCGAGACUGCGGAGUUGGAGAUUCCGGAUUCUUUAUACACUGCUCUUGCCGAUGCGAUGUCUGAAUCGGAUGACUUCUCUUAUCGGAUGUAUCUAACCGAUAAUGGUGAACACAUUCGUUGCAGCAUUCGCGAAUCUAAUCAACAACUCUGUCAUGGAACAACAGGAUUGUCUGUGUGGCAGGCUUCAUGUGAUCUCGCAGCUUUCAUGACCUAUUUCAUGGACUGUAGAGAUAAGCAUAUAUUAGAGUUAGGUGCUGGCUGUGGACUAGCUGGAAUAUCCACUGCUGCAAGUUUUCCUUCCUGCACGGUUGACUUAACUGAUUAUGAUCCGAAAGUUCUCCAGCAACUCGAACUCAAUGUCGCUGCAUCUAACUUAGCAGAUCCCAGCAAAGUGAGAGUUCUUCCCUUAGAGUGGUCGAGCUUCUCUGUAGACGAUUUAGACAUGAUUCCUGAUUUCAUCAUUGCUGCUGAUGUUGUCUAUGACAAGCAACUAUGUCCUCCAUUGAUCAAUGUAAUAAGAAGCUUGCUCGAUCGUAAUCCUGGAGCGAUCGCAUAUAUUGCUUGUACUGUGAGAGACUCGGAAACGGUCAGACACUUCCGUAGACUUCUUGAAGAAGCUCACUUCAGAAUCGACCAGUGUUCGUUUGAAAGGGAAACAAUCAUGUUCUUGGAUUGCUCACAAAUCAAGUUCACAACCAAAUAUCCUUUCCACUCGACCUUAGAAUCUCCCACUAUCCUCUUUCAACUGCUGCCUUAG